UAUCAAUGACUUGUAGAAUCUAUAGUCUAUUCUGUUUUAUAUUCCUUGGCAUAUUGGCUUCUUCAGUUGAAGGUUUUUAUCGAGAAAGGGAUGGAAACUGUGUCUGGCCUCGUAUCAAUGAUCUUGUGGACAUUCAAGGUAUGCCUAUUACUCCCGGUUCUUCUUAUACACUCAAGGCUCUAAGACAUGGUCUGGUUUUGGGACAACAUGGUAUAUUCGGUGAAGCAAGAGGAGUUUUCCUGGACAGAGUUAACAGCACUUCUAGUAUUACCGUUAUUCCACAAAUAACUGGUGGAAGUUGGGAUAUACGAUUAGCGGAUGCAAAUCCUCCUCUCUAUUUGAACGAUGUCUUCGAUACACUCAUGUUUGAUACUCGAAGAGGCAUACUUGGGUACCUACCUAACAAAGGAGCGAACAAUUUCAAUAUCGGUCGACAACAACUAGCUUCCCGAACUGAGUACGGUGAAACAGUGUAUAGCUGUUAUCAGUAUCUGAUGGCCACAUUAAAGGGUUGUAAGCAAUGCGAAAUUGAUAAGCGAAAUCCUGAACUGACCUAUUUCACAUUAACAAAAGUUGGCAACUAAAGCUACCUUGUACGAUUUGUUCCAGUAUAGUAAAAGAAUUACG